GGUAGUAUUAUGCUUAUGGUAUUUCUUAUUUAUUUUCAGGCUUUUGUUGCUCUUUUCUUGGCCGUGGCUUACGCUGCACCACAAGCACCCACCGAACCAAUCCCAAUUCUGCGUCAGGAUAGCCAAGUCAACGGAGAUGGAUCAUAUCAGUACUCAUUUGAAACUGGUAACGGAAUUAGCGCUGACCAAAAGGGAGAUUUGAAGAAAGUGGGAGAUGUAGAUGCUAUCGAAGUACAAGGCCAAUUCCAAUAUCCUGGAGACAACGGAAACAUCCAACUCUCCUAUAUUGCUGAUGAGAAUGGCUACCAACCUCGUGGUGACCACCUCCCAACUGCUCCCCCAGUACCAGAAGCUAUCCAGCGUGCUCUGGCCUACCUUGCAACAGCACCCCCCCAAGCAGAUAGUCAGUAACAUAACAAUAGUCAUAACAUAAGAAAAAAGCUUACUUAAAAAUGUAGCGUAUAACCAAACAGGACAACACAUUGUAAAAUAUGCACUUUUAUAUUUUUGUAGAUGAAUAAAAUAUUAUUUGUUAAAAA